UUAAAGUAAGUUGCUGUCGAGGACGGUUUCAAAUUGUUCAGUUGUGAAGUGUAAACUGUUCUUGGUGUACUCUCGGUGUUAUGCAAUUGAACAGUAGCUUUGACUACUUUAUGAGAUUUGCUUUUGUUCGUUUUUGAAGAUGCGGCCACCAUGUGUUUUCUGCCAAGAUGGAGACGGGAAAGCUGGAAAACUUCUCAGGUGUCUUCACAAGAUCUGCCUAGACUGUCUUCCGGACAGUGUUCAGCAAGAUGGAAAGAUACGCUGUUCCAAAUGUCGACGUUAUACGCCAUGUCCACCGCCCGGUCGCAAUCACAAACAGGUUUUGGUUGAUGAUUCCAUGUUCCACACUGCUCCAGAUAGUCACGAUGGAACAAAGAAGACGAACGAGACAGACAAUGUUCUUGAAGUAUUCGCUGAUGAAAAUAUGAACCUGUCUAGCAUCCCACAACAGCCAACGAGCUCUUUUGUCGUCCGUUCCACUGUGGUGGAUGCUCAAGGUUUUCACAAGCAGAUACCUCACGGCGGGCGAGUGCACGUUUGCCCUUACCACAGCACGAUGAAGUUACGGUAUUGGUGCACUCGCUGUCGAGAGGUUUUGUGUGAACGUUGUAAGUUGCAAGUCAAGCACGCGUCACAUAUGAAUCAGAUCAAUGAAGCCACUGAAGUAGCCGCAGCGCUAAGACACAGACUUACGGAGCGCCUUCGCAAUCUUGACCCUGAUGACAAAGGAAAGGAAGUGGACGAAAGCCUGGACUACGCCGGUAAUCUAGUCACAGCAUUUGAGUGUGACUCUACACGUCAAGUGUCCAGUAUCAAGACAAUGAUACAUGAGCAGUGCCAGGAUCUACUUCUCAGAGUGAAGAAGCGAAAGGAGGAGCUGAUUGGCGAGGGUGAAAUACGGAAGAAGGAGUUUAUCGAACUCGUAGACCAUUGCCGGGAGACGAACAAUGUGACAGGUACUCUUCAGCACAUACUUGAUGCACGCAGAUAUGCUCUAAGAAAUGAAGACCUCAUUCAAAUGAGUCCAAAGUCGAUUCAAUGUCUUACAGAAGCGUACCAUGACAUUGUGGCCAAAGGAAGUUCGCGAAUGCCGAGAAUGAUAUAUACGUGCAAGCAGUCUUCCAAAUUGGAUGGACACUUUGGUGCCAUGGGUAAAGUCGUGGAUAACACUGCCAUCGACUUGUCGAGUUGUUCCUUUCCUCACAAGACGUGUUUGGCGUUUGCAGGGGAUCGUUUGAACCUUACAGCUCUAGUGAGAAAUAGUCGAAGCCAACCGUUGUCUGGUACCGCAUUGAAAGUCUCCAGCAUUCAAAUCUGGGCCACUAGAAUUGAAGUGACUGGAGACCUCAUACACAUAACACGCUGUCCCUACAAGCAGGAUAAGUAUAACAUUGACCACUACUGUAUUGGCUCUGGAUUGUUGAAGAACCACCAUGAUGUACGAAUAGGUCCAAAUAUAAAGCCAACAUUAAUGGUGCGAAUGUUCGGCUGUGGUACGUUCAUGAAGGUUUAUGAACACAAUAAAGAACAACGGAAUAUAUUUUUGCAAAAUACGAAAAGCCUUUUGGACGCCCAGUCACAGCGUGUGGAGAAUAUGACACGUAUCGCGUAGUAUGAUAACCCGACCCCGACUCAUUGAUCCUGCUCUUUUCUUUCUGAUCACGUCAUACUGAACUGCUCCUUGUGGCUCAGUUAAGAAGCUGCCUUAUUGGCCAUGGUCUAUUGUGGCAUUAAAGAAACGAGAUCUUGUUUUGUCUUGUCAUGAUAAACAUUCGCGUUUUGUUUAUAGUUUUGUUUAUGUAUGUUUUUUUCUGAUUGUAUUGUAAUUCGCUUAAACGGUGCCCUUUUUUUCAUGCAAACUGACAACAAAAAUAAAAUUGAUUU